AGCUAGCUAGCUACGACAGAAACAGAGGUUCCGUGGAAAAAUCAUCCUCAAAUAUUAAUUUGUUUCUCUGCGUUGAGAACAUAAGCUAGGCAAUUGAGGACCCUCCAAUAUCACACGCAAGAGAGAAACAUAUAGUCGUAAGAGAUGGCUGGAGAAGGAGAAGCAAAAACGCUCGAAGAAACACCAACAUGGGCUGUGGCUACUGUUUGCUUCUUUCUGAUAUUAAUAUCUAUCUUUAUUGAGCAUUUGCUUCAUCUUUUAGUUAAGUAUUUCAACAAGAAAAGGAGGAAGUACCUCAUUCCAGCUCUGUACAAGAUCAAAACAGAGUUGAUGCUACUGGGUUUCAUCUCAUUGUUGCUGACUGUAUUGGAAAAGCCAGUUGCAAAUAUAUGUAUCCCAAAGAGUGCUAGCGAAACCUUCCUUCCCUGUGGCGGUGUGGAUUCAAGUGAUUGGAGUGAAGAAGAAGCCAAAUGUGCAGAGCAGGGAAAGGCUUCUUUGUUGUCCAGGGAAGGUAUGAGGCAACUCCAGUACUUGAUCUUCGUGCUUGCUUCCUUCCAUUGCUUAUCAAGCAUUUUUACAUUCGGCCUAGGGAUGGCCAAGAUGAGAAGAUGGGAAUCUUGGGAGGCAGAGACAAGGACACUGGAUUAUCAAUUUUCAACAGAUCCCAGGAGGUUCCAGCUCAGUCAUCAAACACCAUUUGGGAAGCGGCAUCUGAGAUAUUGGAAUGAAAACUCAGUUCUUCGCUGGCCGGCAUGUUUCUUCGGACAAUUUUAUGGUUCUGUUUCCAAAGUGGAUUAUCUAACACUGAGGCAUGGAUUUAUCAUGGCCCAUUUUGAUCAAGACAACAGCUUUGAUUUUCAAAAAUACAUUAGAAGAGCCUUGGAUAAAGAUUUUGGCGUGUUAGUGGGGAUAAGCUUCUGGAUUUGGAUGUUUUCUAUAUGUUUCAUAUUCUUCAAUGCACACAAAUUUUACAGUUAUUAUUGGCUUCCAUUUAUUCCACUACUGAUGUUGUUGCUGGUUGGGACAAAACUACAAGCCAUCAUAACUUUAAUGUGCUUAGAUAGCCAUGAUAAAUCUCUUGUUGUUGAAGGAACUAUACUCGUUAAGCCUAGUGACCAUUUCUUCUGGUUUGGUAGGCCUAAAUUGCUUCUCCACCUUAUACAAUUCAUAUUGUUUCAGAACUCCUUUCAAUUGGCAUUCUUCACAUGGACUUCGUACAAAUUUGGAUUUAGAUCAUGCUUCCACCGGCGAACAGAAGACAUUGUCAUAACGCUUGUCAUGGGACUGUUGGUUCACUUCCUCUGUGGCUAUGUGACCCUACCUCUAUAUGCUUUGGUCACACAGAUGGGUUCAGCAAUGAGGGCAGCUGUUUUCACAGAGAAUGUGGUUGAAGGUCUGAAGAGAUGGCGAGCAAAGGCUAGGAAGAACCGGAAAAUUUCCUACUCGGUCCGCCCCUCCCUUGAUGCUUCAGUUGACCCCUCACUUGCCGUUGACACUUCUCCUUCUUUCAGCCUCGGUGCUUCAUAUUCUAUAGAUCCAAAUGGUCCAUUGGACAGAGAUCAUGUUACCACUGAAGUAAUUGAUGAAGCAAAACACAAAGAUGAGCAGCCACGGGAGCAUAAAAGAAAUGGUUCAUUUGAAGGCUUUAACGUGAGCAAUGUAGACCCGGAUAUGGAAAAACAAAGCAAUGCAGACCCGGAUAUGGAAAAACAAAGCGGUUUAUAA